ACUAUGCCCAUUUUACUCUUCCUGCUAGAUACCUCCGCUUCAAUGAACCAGCGCACCCACCUGGGCACUACCUACCUGGACAUAGCUAAAGGCGCUGUAGAGACUUUCAUGAAGCUCAGAUCCCGGGACCCUGCUAGCAGAGGAGACAGGUACAUGCUGGUCACCCUGGAGGAGCCUCCUUAUGGUAUCAAGGCCGGAUGGAAAGAAAAUCAUGCAACAUUUAUGAAUGAACUGAAACAUCUUCAAGCAGUAGGACUCACCACCCUUGGCCAGUCACUAAGGACAGCCUUUGAUUUGUUAAAUUUAAAUAGAUUAGUAACUGGCAUAGACAACUAUGGGCAGGGAAGGAACCCUUUCUUCUUGGAGCCAGCAAUAAUUAUUGCAAUAACUGAUGGAAGCAAACUGACCUCAACCAGCGGAAUUCAAGAUGAACUUCACUUGCCACUAAAUUCUCCAUUACCUGGGAGUGAAUUAACAAAGGAACCAUUUCGUUGGGAUCAGAGACUUUUUGCUUUAGUCCUUCGUUUGCCUGGUGCCACCUCUGUAGAGCAAGAACAGAUUACUGUCCAGUUAGAUGAAUCCUCCAUUGCUCCAAUGUGUGAUGUUACAGGGGGGCGUUCAUACUCUGUUUCCUCACAGCGAAUGCUUAACCAAUGUCUGGAAUCAUUGGUCCAAAAAGUCCAAAGUGGAGUAGUAAUAAACUUUGAAAAAUCUGGACCAGAUCCUCCACCUCUUGAUGAUGGCCUUCCAGACAUGGUAAAACCAGUUGGAGUUCAACCUUGGCACAGCUGUCGAAAACUGAUUUAUGUCCGACCUAAUCCCAAAACAGGAGUCCCAUUAGGUCACUGGCCCAUACCAGAAUCUUUCUGGCCAGAUCAGAAUUCCCCAACACUGCCACCUCGAACUUGUCACCCUGUCGUUAAGUUCUCAUGCACAAAUUCUGAGCCAAUGGUUAUUGAUAAGUUGCCGUUUGAUAAAUAUGAACUGGAGCCCUCACCACUGACACAGUAUAUUCUGGAGAGAAAGUCCCCCCAUACCUGCUGGCCUGUGUUUGUGACCAACAGUGCAAAAUAUAGUGAACUCGGUCAUCCUUUUGGCUAUUUGAAGGCCAGUACAGCCCUAAACUGCGUGAACCUGUUUGUGAUGCCUUAUAACUAUCCUGUCCUCCUCCCUUUACUAGAUGAGUUGUUUAAAGUGCACAAGGCUAAACCCUCGCUAAAAUGGAGGCAAGUGUUUGAAAAUUAUUUGAAAACCAUGCCACCUUACUAUAUUGGGCCUCUGAAGAAAGCUUUAAGGGUAAUGGGUGCACCAAACCUUAUCUCUGAAAACAUGGAGUAUGGCUUGAGUUAUGCUGUUGUCUCCUACCUCAAGAAACUUAGCCAACAGGCCAAAGCAGAGUGUGAUAGAGUAAUAAGCUUAAUUGGUAGAAAAUUCCCUCAAGAGACUGGUAUCAAAGUAAAAAGUGGCUCACAUGCUCUUUCAUUGGCUGAUCGUAAAGAUUUCAAACAACUUCUACAAGAAAUCACGGGAGAAAUACCCCAAAGACAGUUUGAUCUCACUGUGAAGGAGUUUGCUGGAUUCCAGAUAGCCCUGUUGAAUAAGGAUUUGAAACCACAAACAUUUCGGAACGCAUUUGACAUCCCGAGAACAAAUCUCCUAGAUCAUCUAACCAGGAUGAGGGCAAAUCUGAUAAAGUCUACGCGCAGAUUUUUCAGAGGACAAGAUGAGGAUCAAUUGCACAGUAUUCCUAUUGUUCAGAUGGGAAACUACCAGGAAUAUCUACGAGCCGUCCCUUCACCUCUCCGUGAGCUAGAUUCAGAUCAGCCAAGAAGACUGCACACAUUUGGAAAUCCAUUUAAAUUGGACAAAAAGGGGAUGAUGAUUGAUGAAGCAGAUGAAUUUGUCUCAGGACAUCAGAAUAAGUAUAAGCGCCCCGGGGAGCCAUACCAGCAUGGAGUGCCAAAAAGGAAGCGCAGCAUGUCGCCCUUGUUGCAAGGUCGACCACAGACUCCACCUGUAAUAAAUAACCACAUAGGGGGAAAGGGGCCUCCUCCUACAGUAACACUACCAGUCCAAACAAAACCUGUGCCAGUACACAAAUAUGAUGAUCAGCGCACUGAUCUAGCAAAUGAUGCUAAAGUAAAUCAUGUUGAGGAACAAAGUCCUAUAGACUCAUUGCCUGACAAAUGUGAGCCAUUUGAAAACUUUUCACCAAUUUCUGUGAGCAGUUUGGGUGCAAAUGCUGAUAGUGCCGAAGAUCGAGAUGUAGGGUUUGGACUCAUUGGGACGGAUCAUGGCUUCCUUGCAAAUACUACAGAUUCUGAAGAUGUUGAGAACAAUUUGGAGAAUAAUUUGUCCCUAUUUACAAACCAUACGGAGCAGCUGGAUCCAUUCCAGAGUUGGGAGGAGGUCAACACAGAGUUAAAAACACAAAUUCUAAAAGAAAUCAGAAAACCAGGACGAAAAUAUGAAACGAUCUUCUCUUUGCUAAAAGGAGUUCAAGGCAAUUUACAAACCAGACUACUGUUCCUACAGAAAGUCAUCAAAGAGGCUUCAAGGUUUAAAAAGCGAAUGUUGAUGGAUCAGUUACAAGAGUUUUUGGAAGAAAUUAACAGAAGAUCGAAUCAUUUGAACCAUUUGAGCUGUUGAACUAUUCAGAGAACCACUACAAUUGAGUGGGGUGGCCUGUUCACCUCACAUUCAUUCUGAAAUCAUUUGGAACUGAAGGAUAUGAGGCAUCACCAGGGCAGAGAAUCAUGCUCGUCCUCUUAAUGUGCUUCCAGAUUUUUUUUUUUUUUAUUUAAAUUUUUUUUUUUUACACCAGAAAGUGACAAAUGAUGCCAUUAAAAAGAGUGCCAAGGGAGCAAUACAUUUCUUGCCCCUCUAGCACCCAACGAAUUUGUAGAAUGAUGGAAAGUAAAAAAAAAAAUACUCAGUGGUCAUUGGCAAAUGUGUCUAUCUCAGGUUCUACAGUGUAUUUUAUUAGCCUCCCAAACGCAUCUACAAUAAGAGUUGCCAAAAAAGAAACUUAAGAACUCUUUUAGAGAUACUUAUAUGAUGCAGCAUGAAGUUAUAUGAACAAGAAACAUUUUCGUUACAUAUGAGCUGCAGUUACAUAUCUUGACAUGUAGGUAGUUCUAUUUAUGUAAUUACAACUUGACUAGGAAGAAGCACAUGUCAUACGGUAAUAUUUUGUACAUAGUUAUUUUGAAUAUACUAUUGUAAAUUGUACAGACGUAUUUUGAAAACUAUUUAAACAGAAGCACUUUUGUUAUUUGAACAAU